AUGACAUUAACUAAUUUAAAUGCAAACAAUCUCACUGGACAGUUCCCUCUGUCUCUCACCAAUCUCCUCAAGUUAUACACGCUUAGGAUCAGUAGUAACUACUUCACAGGAAGGAUACCUGAGUUUGGCAAUUGGAAACAACUUAACAGAUUAGAGAUGGAAGCAAGUGGUUUCAGUGGGCCAAUUCCUCCUAGUAUUUCUACCUUGGCAAACUUAACAGAGUUAAGUAUAACUGACUUAAAUGGGGAGAACUCGUCAGAUUUUCCCGACUUGAGUAAAAUGACAAACCUUUCUACGUUGACAAUGAGGAGCUGUAAUUUAAGAGGAAAUAUCCCUCAAUAUAUUCUUAAUUUGAGAGGGGAUCUCAGCUUUAAUAAACUAGAAGGGCCAUUUCCAAAUUUUCAAAAAUCUCCUUUGCGUUAUAUAUAUUUAACAAGUAACUUACUCAGUGGGCCUAUUCCAGCGUGGAUGAUCAACUUCGGAGAUGCUAGGAACAUAGAUAUAUCUUACAAUAACUUUUCAGAGAUAUCUGAACCAUCAAGUUGUCAAGAUCAUUUCAAUCACUUUCAGAGCACAUCUGGUCAUGAAAAUAGCUCAACACUCAGCAAGUGCUUGGCUCCAUGUUCAAAAGAUUAUUAUUCAUUGCAUAUAAAUUGUGGUGGAAAUGAAACUACCAUUGGAGGCAUAAAGUAUGAAGGGGAUGGGGAAUUUGUAGGUCCUGCAAAUUUACUCCUUAACUCAGCCAACACUUGGGGAUUUAGCAACACCGGUCAUUUCAGAAAUUCUGAACAAGAAGUGCCAGAAUAUAUAGUAAAUAAUGUAUCUGAAUUAAGAAUGAACAACUCUGAGCUCUACACAACUGCACGCAUCUCGCCUCUUUCGCUAACUUAUUUUGCUCGUUGCUUAAGAAAUGGAAAUUACACCGUGAAACUACACUUUGCAGAGAUAGUAUUUAGAAACGACAGAUCUUAUGAGAGUUUUGGAAGACGAGUAUUUGAUGUUUAUGUUCAAGGAAAGCGGGAGUUGUCAGAUUUCAACAUUAAAGAGGAAGCUAAAGGAGUUGAUAAGGAAUUUAUCAAAGUAAUUAACGCAGUUGUUGUGAGUCAUAACACAUUGGAGAUCCGCCUCCAAUGGACGGGGAAAGGGACAAGGAAUGUUCCAAAGCCAGGAAUAUAUGGGUCUUUAAUAUCAGCUAUCUCAAUAGAAUCUGGUAAGUAA